GGAGCGGAGAGCCACUGGUGGCCAUUGUAGUUUCGCCAAAGAGGUUUUCUCAGCUUGGCAACGUUGUUUUCCUUGGCCGUGCACUGCAUGCAUGUUGUGUGGUGUGGAUCUUUUACGUGACUCUUUCUGGCAUCGGCUGAACUAUUUGCAGAAAAUGUCACUGGUCAUACCAGAGAAAUUCCAACACAUUUUGCGUGUUGUCGGUACCAACAUUGAUGGCAAGCGCAAGGUUCAAUUCGCCUUGACCGCCAUCAAGGGUGUCGGCCGUCGUUAUGCCAACAUUGUCCUCAAGAAGGCAGACAUUGACCUGAACAAAAGAGCCGGAGAAUGCUCUGAGGAAGAGGUUGAAAAGAUUAUCACUAUCAUGAGCAACCCUCGCCAAUACAAGAUUCCCGAUUGGUUCUUGAACAGACAAAAAGAUAUUCAGGAUGGAAAAUAUUCACAGCUUAUUUCCAGCAGUUUGGACAGUAAAAUGCGUGAUGAUCUUGAGAGGCUCAAGAAGAUCCGUGCCCACAGAGGCAUGCGUCAUUAUUGGGGCCUGCGUGUGAGAGGUCAGCAUACCAAGACAACUGGUCGCAGAGGAAGAACUGUUGGUGUGUCUAAGAAGAAGUAAAGUAAUUGUUUCCAUGAAAAUAAAAAUCCUUUUAAGGAGAAA